GGUGUCGGUGUCCCCGCCCGGGCGUCUCGGGGACUCUCGGUGGCGGCGGCGGCGGCAGAGGAGCAUCAUGGCGGUGGGCACCGGGACCUCCCUGGCGCUGUCCUUGCUCCUGUCUCUGCUGCUGUUCGCCGGGAUGCAGUGGUUUAGCCGCCACCUGGGCUCGACGGAGUGGCUGACCGUCCAGGGGGGCCUGCUGGGCUCCGGGCUCUUCGUCUUCUCCCUCACCGCCUUCAACAACCUGGAGAACCUGGUUUUCGGGAAAGGUUUCCAAGCCAAGAUAUUUCCCGAGAUCGUCACCUGCCUCCUGUUGGCUCUGUUUGCUUCGGGCCUCAUCCACCGUGUCUGCGUCACCACCUGCUUCAUCUUCUCCAUGGUCAGCCUCUACUACAUCAACAAGAUCUCCUCGACGCUGUACCAGGUGUCCGGGCCCCCCCCGGCCCCCGCCAAGGCCGCGGGGAAGGGCAAGAAGCGGAACUGACCACCCCCCCCCCCCCUUUGUGCCCCCCAAAUAAAGCUCGACCGCCUUCGCAACCCC